UUUCGUUCAGUGUGGUCUGCUGCUGGGGUAACAACUUCUAAAAGUGUCUUGUUAAUUUUUGAAAAUUUUGUGUGAAAAUUUAUGAUAAUUUGUGUUAUUUUUGUGUGAAAUAAAAGAAUAUCCAUUGCCCAACAUGGAUUAUGACGAGAUGGUUGCAAAUUUGGAUCUCUCCAUCUGCCGAGCAAUUUGCCGCUUGUGUCUUGGGACGAGUGGCCGGAUGGAAGACCUAUUCUUCAAUGAAUCCGACGAGCAGCUGAGCCAGAAAAUUUUUCAAUGCACUUCGGUCAAGAUGAUACCUGCCAACGGAAUAAUUUCGUCAAUCUGCCUGAGAUGUAAGAACCGACUGAUGGAGUUGUUCCAAUUCCGAGAACAGUGCGUGAAAUGCGAAGAAAUAUUCCAGGCGAAGAUUGAGAAGAUGGAAAAUGUAACCAUCGAGGUUGAGCCGGACAUUUUCGGAAUGCAUCCAAGUGAUGAUGAAAACGGAGAAGGCUAUAGUUUCAGUACAGGCUCGAUUGAUAUCAAGGAUGAACCCGACAGUUGGAAUGGAAUGGAUUUCGAAGAUGCCAUGGGUGUAAAUGGAGGGGCAUUUUUAAUCAGAGCAGGUGCCGAGGAGGACACAGAAGAUGCGGAGGAUGGUCCUCUGGUUGAGAGUUUCGAUGAUAGCAAUGAUAAAUACGAUAAACCUUACACGUUGAAACAUCCCGAGAUGGAUCUCAAUUCGAUGGUGGUUUUCAUCAAAGAAAAAAAGCAUUGGAAAUGUCCUCAUUGCGAAAAGCACUUUAAUCAAUCAGGAAACCUUAAAGCUCACAUCAAUACCCACACCGGAUAUAAGCCAUAUACGUGUAACCUAUGCAAACGUACCUUCGCGCAGAAAAGCAAUCUCAACUAUCACAUGAAGGCCUCGCACGAUCCACUGCGUCCGUUCAAGUGCAAUGAAUGCGACCGGGCAUUCGCCUCGAUGGACCAAAUGGUGACGCACCUCAGGAACAAACACGUACAACGGACCAACCGGUCCAUUCCGGCCAAAAAGCACCACUGCCCGUACUGUGGCAAAGGGUUCUCGCAGAGCUUUAAUCUCAAACUGCAUGUCAACACUCACACCGGUGAGAGGCCCUACAAGUGCGAUCUGUGCGAGAAGACGUUUACCCAGCGAAGCAAUCUCAAUGUGCACAUCAAUAGGACUCACAAGGAAAAGGGGCAACUCCAACAGCAGGACGAAUCGGAAAAACAGCAAACUCAAGCAGUAUUGUCGUCGUGAGGAAAGAAAAGGGAAAUUCUCCCGUUCGGCCAUUAACUGCACUAAAAAAAAAAUUUUGUAGACGUUUUUGUGUUUGUGCGCUAGUAACACAAAUUUAGUUAUAUUCAGCUUCAGGAAAUUUUUAUGUAAAAUAUAUUUUUCUCCCUAAAGUAGGUAGUACAAAUUUUAUAUUUCGAGAGAUUCGUUUUUUUUUUGUGAAAUCGAGGAUUCAAACAAGCUUGCCAUAGGAACCCAUUUUUAGCUGGAAAAAAUAAUAUUGCGUUAAGGUCUUGAACAAGCACUCAAGAAUUAUAGAAUUAAGCCAAAAAUAAACAAACAUGUUGUAAAUCUAAAGAUCACUCAGGUAUAAAGGUAAUUGCCCUAAGUCGUAGAUUUAUUAUUGUCCCUUCAGGACAUAGGAAGUGAAUUUGUAUAUGCAUUAUAAUAGCUCCACAAGAUCAAAUAAUGAAAACAAGCCUCUGUUCACGGAUUGACUUCGUUUUGUGUAUAAAGCAUUUUCAUCCUUAU